UUAGGGACUGGCCGCUGGCGCCAAUCGCAGGCAGUAUAAAGAACAACCUUGCUCGGCUACUACCUCCACAGACCACAGCUCCGCACAACAAAUGACGCCCUUAGGCACAUCGCCCUCUUCUGGCCUGCACCUUGCUCCGUUGCUAAUUGUCCUAUUGAUGCACCAGCCUCAUCUGCUUGUAGUCGUAGCCGACAACCUCACGGCCGGAUCGUCUCUCCGGCCCCCUCAGUACAUCACCUGCCCCUCCGGUGACUUCGCCUUCGGCUUCCGUGCACUCGACUAUGACCCCACAAAACUUCAGUCUAAGCGCUCCGACACGGACUUCUCCCGUGGCCGCUUCAGCAUGUACGUGCAGGCUGACGGCAAUAUCGUCUUGUACCUCAUGAACCUCGCCGGUGACAACAUGGACUCGUACAAUUCAUACUGGCGCACCGGCACCGACCAGCCCGGGCAAACCCAGGACGGCAACACCACCCUUUUCUUCGAUUCGCCGGGGCACCUCCACUACCAGAUCAAGGAUGGCACGAUGCACGAUCUGGCACCUCCCAUGCCGAACUCCAACGUUAGUUACUUCCAGCAUGCGACGCUUGAUCCGGAUGGCAUUGUUCGUGUCUACACCCUGCAGAAGAAUGCCACUGGAAGGCGCAAUGUGCCAUGGACGAUCUUUGGGCUGUUCCCAAGCAAUGGUUGCAGCAGCAGCACUACAGGCUGGGAAGGAAUGUGCGGCCCCAACUCGUACUGUGUUUAUGGUCCUAACAACAAGCUCGAUUGUGAGUGCCCAAGUGGUUACUCCUUCAUCGAUCCUAGGCUCAAGUACAGAGGCUGCACACCGGCGUUCGUGCCACAGAGCUGCGAUGGGAAGAACCAGCCCUCCGAGUUCAGUCUUGUUAAGUUGCCCAACACCACUUGGUUGCUGUCAUCAUACAGAGGGUAUUCGUACACCACAGAGGAGCAGUGCGACAACUCAUGCUUGCGAGACUGCUUCUGCACCGCCACUCUGUUCGAUGGAAAAGUUUGUUACAAAAUGGCAUUAUUGGCGGGCGCAGGAUGGCAGGAGGGAAGCCUCAACAUGAAGUCAUCGAUCAAGGUGCGGACAAGCAGCCUCCCGAUGCCGACAUCACCGAGAAGACCAUUGCCUUAUUUACUGCUGAUUUGCUCGGUGCUAUUGAUGCUGGCUGCAGCAAGUAGUCUCAUGCUACAUUGUUGCCUUCGGAAGAGGAACACUAACCAUGAUUUCCUGAGGGUUUUCACCGGAAAGGAGCUUUACAAAGCCACCAAUGGCUUUCACAAGUUGUUGGGCAAAGGAGGCUUUGGAGAGGUCUACCAUGGGGUGAUAAUGUCGCCACACACCUCUGAUGUAGCAGUGAAGAAGCUCAUCAACUCCAACGAGUACAGCGAGCGGGAGUUCGCGAAUGAGGUGCAGUCCAUCGGCAGGAUUCACCAUAGGAACCUCGUCCGCAUGGUCGGUUACUGCAAAGAGCGGGAGCAAAGGAUGCUUGUGUUCGAGUUCAUGCCAGGCGGCUCCCUUCGAAGCUUCCUCUUCCAGCCUCAACGGCCGUUGUGGACGUGGCGUGUAGAGGCAGCAAUUGGGAUUGCCAAAGGGCUAGAGUAUUUACAUGAAGGCUGUGAUUAUCCGAUCAUUCAUUGCGACAUCAAGCCCGACAAUAUACUUCUAGAUGGCAAGAGCAAUCCAAAGAUAACUGACUUUGGGAUCGCCGAGCUUCUCAACAACCAGCAGAUGCACACCACAGUGACCAAUAUCAGAGGUACAAGGGGCUAUAUUGCCCCUGAGUGGUUCCAAAAUGAUAGGCGCAUCGAUACCAAAGUUGAUGUUUACAGCUUCGGUGUUGUGCUACUGGAGAUGAUAUGCUGCCGGAAGUGCCAGGAUCCGGUGACCGGGCAGGAUGGUGAUGACUCGGUCACACUAUUCUGGUGGGCCGGUCAGUUGGUCUGUCAUGGAAGGAUUGAGGUGUUGUUGCAUAGUGACGACGACGCCAUGGAGGACUUGGUCAGAGUGGAAAGGUUCUCGCGUGUGGCGUUCUGGUGCAUUGAGCCGAAUCCUUUGCUGCGACCAACAAUGCACCAGGUUGUGCAGAUGUUGGAGGGUGUGGUUGAGGUUGGCGUCCUACCUGAUCCUCCAAGCUCCACAGAUUCACCACCCUUAAUCUCUUCAGUUGACUGGAGUGCUUUGCUGUCAAGUGAUACUCCUCUUACUCCUCUUCAGGUGGAGUGA